AUCAACUCUUUUGGGUGGGAGUCCCCUCAAAUAUUUUAUUGGGGAGGCUGAAGGGACCUCAACCCCUAGCGGUUGGCUCCCAUGUUAAACAGUAUUUAACAAACUCUGAGUAGUACUGUGUUUUGGGGCAGGGAAGCAGCGGCAAGAGGCCAGCUCUUUGCAACUUGUGGACAUGGAGGGACAGCGGCUGUUGCUCUGCUUUUCUGGUGUUUGUGGCCUUCUCUGCUACCCUUAGCUGCUUCCUCUCAAUCCUGAGUUCCCCUUUUUCCGUGGCCUGGCAUUAUGACUCUGCUGCUUCUCUGGGUCUGAUCUGCAACAAGGCGUUAAGGAAGCAAGAUGCCUGAGCUUAUCUCUGUCCAGGACUUUAUCUCCCAGACCCAGGAGGAUCUCAGCUCUCCGACCACCUCCUCUUUUACCAGCCACAUGGGCAAAUGCAGGAGCACCGUUUGCAGCCUAGAGGAGACUUUAGAUUCUGAUCGAAUCAUUCUGCAAAAAAUGAGGAAAGCAGUGAAAGCAGAGCACACAACUGGACAAGAUCUCAUUAACCACUUAGAAGCUCACAUUAUUACCCAGGAGAGGUUUUCAGGGAACUAUCACAACAACAGUGAUGAGAAGCUAGCUGAAGCCUUCAUCACCUUUGCUUCAUUCUCACGGGAGCUGCUAGAUGCUGUCAAGAGUCUGUUGCUGAGCCUGUAUCACAACAUUCACUUUUCCCUGGACUCACUGAUCAAGGGAGACUUUAAAGGGGACUUUAAAAAGCCUUUUGAGAAAGCCUAUAAAGACUAUGAGAGCAAACUUGCAAAGAUAGAGAAGGAAAAACGAGAGCUGGCAAAACAGUAUGGGAUGGUAAGGACAGAGGUUGCAGGAGGGGAGAUUGCUGAGGAGAUGGAAAAGGAACGAAGGAUGUUCCAGUUGCACAUGUGUGAGUACCUAAUUAAAGUGAAUGAGAUUAACACCAAGAAAGGAGUUGACUUGCUGCAGAACAACAUCAAUCACUGCAACUCCCAGUUCAAUUUUUUCCAGGCGUGUUUAAAGGCAACAGAGAAGCACAAACAGUUUAUAGAGAAUCUUACUCCUGAGCUUCAGAGUAUAAAGGCCAAGCAGGACGAGGAGAAGAAGCAGUUGUGCUCUCUUCGGGAUCAGCUGAAAGCAGCGCUGCAACUGGAGCCCAAAGAGAAUUCUGUUAGCAAGCCAUUGAGAUACAGCAUGCACCAGUUUCGGGGAAAUAAGCAGUAUGGCACAGAGAGAUCUGGGAGUCUCUUUAAGAGAAGUGAUGGCUUAAGAAAGGUCUGGCAGAAGAGAAAAUGCACAGUCAGGUAUGGCUACCUGACCAUCUCACACAGCACGCUAAAUCGCACUCCAGUCAAGCUGAAUUUGCUCACUUGCCAAGUGAAGCCAAAUGUGGAUGACAGGAAGUGCUUUGAUCUUAUUUCACAUAACCGAACAUACCAUUUUCUAGCAGAGGACGAACAGGAAUGUACCAUAUGGGUCUCUGUCCUCAGCAAUAGUAAAGAAGAGGCUCUCAACGUGGCAUUCAAACAAGCACAAGGCAGGGAAGAGUGCAGCAUGGACGACCUGACCGGAGCUAUCAUCAAGGAGAUAAAGCGCAUGCCAGGAAACAGCAUGUGCUGUGACUGCUCAGCAUCAGACCCAGCUUGGCUCUCCAUUAAUUUGGGAAUCCUGAUUUGCAUUGAAUGCUCUGGCAUUCACCGAGAGAUGGGUGUCCAUCAUUCCCGUAUUCAGUCAGUAGCCUUGGACAAACUGGCAACCUCAGAGCUUCUGUUGGCAAAGAAUAUUGGAAACACACAGUUUAAUGACAUUGUUGAAGCCAAUCUUCCCAGUGCAUCUCUAAAGCCUUCUACUGAUAGUGCAAUGGCUCUCCGGAAGGAUUUUAUCAUCUCCAAGUAUGUUGAUAGGAAGUAUGUUGCUCGGAGGACCACAGAGCGCCCAGCUGCCAGGCUCAAGGACAUGCAGGAUGCUGUCAAAGACAAGGAUAUAUUCAUAUUGCUUCAGGCAUAUGCUGAAAAGGUGGAUUUAAAUGAGGCCCUUCUGGAGUACAGGCAGGAGCCAGGCGAGACACUUCUCCAUCUGGCGGUUCUACUAUGUGACCGAACAUCUUUGCAUAUUGUAGAUUUUCUGGUGCAGAACAGUGGGAGCCUGGUGAAGCAGACCUCCAAGGGCAACACCCCACUUCAUUACUGCAGCCUUCACAAUAAACCUGAAUGCAUAAAACUCCUCCUACGGGCCAGAGCCAACAUCACAAUCACGAAUGAAGCUGGAGAGACAGCCCUCGAUAUUGCUAAGCAAAUGAAUCACGAUGUGUGUGAAAAUCUGCUAUUGGAGGCUCAAAAUGAUCAGUUCAACAUGCGAGCUCAUGUGGAAUACGAGUGGCGGCUGGGCCAAGAAGACAUGUUCGAAAGCGAUGAUGAUCUAGAUGAGAAGCUUAGCCCAGCGAAAAAAGAUCGCUUUCAUCGUCCUCAGAGCUGCUACAAUCUGCCUGGAACAGCCUCUCAGUCAUGGAAAAAUCCAGCUGACUUCUCAAAGGGAGCCAGUCCACUAUCCUCAGAGAAGCUCCGUGAGCUAUACGCUGUGCCACAUGUUUCUACCUCUAGACCCACUGUAGCAACAUUGCCCCCCGCCUGUACAGGCCCACCAUUGCCACCACGCAAUGCACCUAAAGCCCCCAGCUUCCCUCCUCCACUGCCCCCAUCCAGCUGGUCAGUCCUCCCUGCAGACACAGCACCUAGAAAGAUCUUGCCUCCACCUCUGACAAUUCGACAUAAGCGGACCUCCUCAGAGCCUUCUCCCAGCACACCCCUGAAUCCUACCAGCCCAACUGCAGACCCUAGAUCUUUCUCCCUUCCAAGACGUUGCUCUCCAGAAGGAGCCUCUCCUAGGAGGUUGAGUAGUUCCGAUUCUUCUGAACUCCCUGAAGUGGUUGUGGAUUCCUGGCAACAAGCUGCCUUAAAGGAAGAGGGGACAAUUUAUGAGCAAAAUCAACAUGCAAGAAAAAGCCAGUGGACUUCUUGCCACUCACUGGAAUCAUCCCUUGAAUCAUCAGAUGAUGUCCCACCACCUCUGCCAAAAAGGGGGGGUUUGAGACGCUCCAGUCUGUGUCGGGUCAGAGCCCUUUAUGACUGCCAGGCUGACCACGAAGAUGAGCUAACCUUCCAGACUGGAGAGAUAAUUGUAGUAGAAGGACAGGAGGACUCCAAUUGGUGGUGUGGCAGGAUUGAAGGGCAGCCUUCCAGGAAAGGUUUAUUCCCAGCAUCGUUUGUUUACAUUCUGCAUGAAUAGAAGGAUGGGUUGAUGAAAGAACACUGUAUCAUUUGCUGAAAAUAUACAGUAAUCCUCUGCUUUAAGAGUGGCCUCUGAAGGCAACAUGCCAAGACUUCAGUAGUGUUCCUUUCACAUUUAUUAACUCAGUCACCAAUCUGUAGGGUGACAUGCUGGACCAGGAAUCAGGCUCACUGAUGCAGAAAUGUCAUCAUAGACUAAAGUGCAAUCCACUUCUCAUUCAAGCCGCUGGAAAAAUGUCCAUUGAUUUAAAUAGAAUUGUAGCUAAGCUGUAUUAUCUGACAAACUCACUGGCCUCUUUCAUACACACUCAGAGUGGCACAGGAGUCCUUUUUUGGUGGUUCAAUCAGUCAUUGCUAUGGUUUUUGUAUGAAUGCCAGACAUCCAAGAGUGAAGCCAACUCCAUGUGUCUUUUCCAACUGAAUCAUCCUCAAGCCUCACAGCUAGGUAACAAUUGGAUGGGAAAGAUCCUCUAGGUGGUUGCUUCAUUCAUGCACACUCUGGCAGCGGUUCCACAGAAAAGCAGCUUCCACACAGUGUAUCUGUGAUGGGGUCAAUAUGUUCCAGGUAUUCUGUUUGGAAAGCUCCACCUCUUCACUGUUACUCCCUUCCACUGCACAGAAAAAUAG